AUGACCGAAUAUACUCUCAAGUUUUCCGCGUCACCCCUGCAGGAUACAGGAUCUUUCAGAUUACUGGAAUUACCACCAGAUCUGUGUAGACUCAUCGAAUCAGCGCCGGAUAGUAACCCAAGGAUGGCAAUCAAAGGGCAACCGAAUGAGGAUGCAGUACUAUGUACCCCGGAUAAAACGUACACGAUCCGCUCCGUCGUCCUUUCCAAUUCUAUCCUGGUCGUUACACCGCCGCAAGACGAAGAAGAAGUUUUCUCUCAACAAUCAGGGCGCCCAAGUGCUGCCGGCGAUGUUGUGAUUAGGGACCAGCUGAGCGAGAUUCUCGAGUUGGUUCCUUCCGUGCCUAAACUGCAUAAACUGGACGGGCUAUUGCGGGGACAAGAGUACGAUGAAGGGCACGAGGAUGAGAUAUUGAGUGAUGUGGAUGAAGAAAGACCACGAAAGCGGCAGAAAUUGACUUACGACACCGCACGAGCAACGCUACAGGCGAGCGACCUUGAGCUGGAUCGAGGGCUCAGAAACAAACGCGUUCUAGUGCUUAAUGGUGCUCUGCGACCCAUAGCCCCGUCGCACCUCACAACGAUCCUAGAGUUGCUUCUGAACUACCUGGUCUCACUGUCGCUUCCCCAUGAUGCAGCAUCCGCGGAGGAGCUGUCUGCUGCGCUCGAAGAUAGGCAUGAGAUCAAGAGGGAGGUCACUAUGCAGGUGAUGGCGUGGUUUGGCGACGUGACUGACAAGAAGUGGAAGAUGGACGUGGCGGCUGUGGUCAAGGAGGUUGGGCUGGGUGUUCUCAGGGCAUUCAAGGACGAUCCAAUCCCCCAAGAAGAGUUCCUAUCGAAGUGGCGAAAUGCAGUCGGAGAUACAUUUGAAAUGCAAGUUGCCCUGGAUUUGCUCUCGGGAAACUAUUUGUCUCAACUCUCUCCCAUCACUGACCCACCAAUAACGCUGCUUGUUUACUUUCCCUCAUCGUCCCUCCCUGUGGACUCCGCGGCACGCUUCACGGACUUGUUUCUUACUCGGCCGCGAUGGAAGGCGGCGGAGAUAUCGCCGUUCCUCGCGGAUAUCGUUGUCGACUCGAAAGAGCGGGACAGGCUCCUGCUCAAAUUUGCGAGAGCGGUCACCGACGCGGAGGGGGUAUGGUACACCGCACGGGCGAAAUACAACGGGUAA